CGAUAAGGUUGAGGAAAUAAAAUAUUCUUUCUCCUAACAGUGUAGCUUUCAUCUUACCGUCACCUCUACUGUAUAUCAUUUAUCUAGCAUCUCUCAUAUACCAUCGCUUCACCUCACAUCUCCAUACUAUCGCCGAGUACGGGAGGUAAAAAGGACUACACCUAUUCAGUCCAUAUAUCACCAACCCCAACCAACCACCUGCACCCACAAUAUCUCCCCGCAUUCCGCCUCAAAAUCCAAAAAAAAGAAAAUGUCAGAAACUCCAGAAGAAAACCCUCUCUUUGCAAUCGAAUGCGAUUCCUCGACCGACUCUGACUCUGUGGGCGAUACCACUCAAAAAGUCCCCCGUGAUUUCCAAUCCGAAGAGUCUUUCCAGACUGUAAAACGUGAAUGGAGAGCUAGGAUUGAAUGUGGUGAGGUAUGUCUUCAGUCCUCUCUCCUUUCCCAUCCCCUCUUUCUUGAACCCCGCAAUCCAUCUCUUCGCCUUUAAUCUCCAAAUAAGAAUACAUGUCUUGAACCACGCCCCAAAACUCCCUAAUCUAAACUGAAUAAAAGUAGGUAACUAACACUCGCGCCACCAAUAGAUUCAUAAAACUCUCCCACCUCUUCCUCUAAAUCCACGCAGUAAACCACAAACAGCACAGUUUUUAUAUGCGGUUGAAGAAUUAUAUUUUUAUAGGAGGUAUAGGGAAGCGUUGAGGUUGGUGGAGGGAGUAUUGAGACAGGAAGAUUUGAUGGAGGAUUUUAGGGGGACGGUGGAAAAGUAUGGGAGGAGGUGUGAGGGGAGGUUAAGGGAGGGGAAGGAGAGUGAAGGGGGGAAACAUAGGAAGGAGGAGAAGAGGUCAGAUGGCGAGAAUAAUGAGGGGAAGACGGAGGUAGUGAGUCGUUGAAUAAAGAUAACGGUCUCAAAGGAAUAUUGAUGAUUGACAUGACAGACUGAGCAUGUCGGAAAGGAUGAUAUAUGGAGGCGGCGACCUUCGAUCAUUCGUUAUAUUUCCAAUCCUGAUUCCGAACACGUUUGGAAAGCACAGUAAGGCAAAGAGAAACGGAAGGAGCCAGAAACUCUCUUCCUCUCCUAACCCUCCUUCCUGAUCAAGAGGAGAUCUCCCGUCACAACUCAACCGAGAAGCUUAAGCUUACAUUAGAGUCCUUCCAACAUCCACACGCUUCUACUCGAAACCACCAUCGAAACAACAUCCUUCUUCAUUUUACAACCUAGGUCUCAAGCAUCACUACCCUAUCGACCCCAUACUCGCAAUCCUAUCCCAUCCCCAUACUCCCACAUUCCAACUCAAGGAAUGAAAUAAGAAGAACGGGGAUAUAUGUCACAGUCACAGUCAAAGUCACAGUGCCAACCCGUCAAACAGCUAAACUGCCAAACAACAUAAGAUCACAAAAUACUUCUAAUUACGGAGUAAUCGACAUCAUACCAUCAGAGUAUAGCCUACGUACGAUCGAUCAAUCUAAAAGUGUGUAUAUGUAUAUACAAAGAGGAGAGGAGAGGAGAGGAGAUUGAUUAGUGAAUAGAUAGAUAGAUAG